AUGGAGAAUGGCUCCCCAGCAAGGACAUCUGCUCGGACGUCUCCCACUGAGACAUCUCCAGCCGGGACAUCUCCGGCUCGGGCAUCUCCGACUGGGACAUCUUCAGCCCGGACAUCUUCGGCUCGGAGUUCUUCGGCUCGGGCAUCUCCGGCUCGGGCAUCUCCAGCUCGGGCUUCACCUUCCAGGUCAUCAUCCAGCAGGUCAUCAUCUGCCAGGUCGGCCUCCGUGGCAUCCUCCCCAACCAGAGUGUACCUUGUUAGAGCAACCCCAGUGGGGGCUGUACCUGUCCGGGCAUCUGCUGCCAGGUCGGCACCAGCCACCAGGGCCACCAGGGAGAGCCCAGGUAUCAGCCUGCCCAAGUUCUCCUGCCGGGAAGGCCUGAAGCGGCUGCCCCUCAUCGGGUGCGUGCUCCUCCUCAUCGCCCUGGUGGCGUCCCUCAUCAUCCUCUUCUACUUCUGGCGGGGCCACACGGGGAUCAAGUACAAGGAGCAGGUAGAGAGCUGUCCCAAGCACGCCGUUCGCUGUGAUGGGGUGGUGGACUGCAAACUGAAGAGUGACGAGCUGGGCUGCGUGAGGUUUGACUGGGACAAGUCUCUGCUUAAAGUCUACUCUGGGUCCUCCCAUCAGUGGCUUCCCAUCUGCAGUGACAGCUGGAAUGAGUCCUACUCAGAGAAGACUUGCCAGCAGCUGGGCUUCGAGAGUGCUUACCGGACAACCAAGGUAGCUCACAAGGAUUUUGCCAGCAGCUUCUCAGUCUCCGAAUACAACUCCACCAUCCAGGAAAGCCUCCAAAGGUCUGAAUGCCCUUCCCAGAAUUACGUCUCUCUCCAGUGUUCCCACUGUGGACUGAGGGCCAUAACCGGGCGGAUCGUGGGAGGGGCGCUGGCCUCAGAGAGCAAGUGGCCUUGGCAAGUUAGUCUGCAUUACGGCACCACCCACAUUUGCGGAGGCACGCUCAUCGAUGCCCAGUGGGUGCUCACUGCUGCCCACUGCUUCUUCGUGACCCGGGAGAAGAUGCUAGAUGGCUGGAAGGUGUACGCAGGCACCAACAACCUGCAGCAGCUGCCUGAGGCAGCCUCCAUCUCCCAGAUCAUCAUCAACAGCAACUACACGGAUGAGGAGGAUGACUAUGACAUCGCCCUCAUGCGGCUCUCCAAGCCCCUGACCCUUUCCGCUCACAUCCACCCUGCCUGCCUCCCCAUGUAUGGACAGACCUUCAGCCUCAAUGAGACCUGCUGGAUCACAGGCUUUGGCAAGACCAAGGAGACAGAUGAGAAGACAUCCCCUUUCCUCCGGGAAGUGCAGGUCAGGCUCAUUGACUUCCAGAAGUGCAAUGACUACUCUGUCUAUGACAGUUACCUUACCCCGAGGAUGAUGUGCGCUGGGGACCUCCGUGGGGGCAGAGACUCCUGCCAGGGAGACAGCGGGGGGCCUCUUGUCUGCGAGCAGAACAGCCGAUGGUAUCUGACAGGGGUCACCAGCUGGGGCACAGGCUGUGGCCAGAAAAACAAGCCUGGUGUGUACACCAAAGUCACAGAAGUCCUCCCCUGGAUUUAUAGCAAGAUGGAGAGUGAAGUGCGCUUCCGGAAAUCCUAA